AUGUCAGGAAGCGCAGGCUACGAUAGACACAUUACCAUAUUUUCGGAUCAAGGCCGGUUGUAUCAAGUCGAAUAUGCCUUCAAAUCUAUCACCGCUGCCAAUAUCACGUCGCUCGGGAUCAAGGGAAAGGACUGCGCUGUUGUACUGUCUCAGAAGAAAGUCCCAGUGCGUAUAACUUGGAAACACGGUGAUCAUCCAUGGGUCAAUUUGGUUAACGACCAUAAUCUUGAAUCACAGGACAAACUGAUCGAUCCUUCAUCCGUUACCCAUAUUUUCCAACUCUCUCCAUCAGUUGGAUGUGUCAUGACCGGUUCGAUAGCGGAUGCUAGAGCAUCAGUAACCAGAGCACAGAGCGAAGCCGCGGAAUUUCGAUACAAAUUUGGAUAUGAGAUGCCAUGUGAUGUCCUCGCCAAACGGCUGGCGAAUAUCAACCAAGUCUACACCCAAAGAGCAUACAUGCGACCACUGGGUGUUGCCAUAACACUGGUGUCUGUGGAUUCAGAAUUCGGUCCACAGCUAUACAAGUGUGAUCCUGCAGGGUAUUACGUGGGAUAUCGAGCCACAGCUUCCGGUCCCAAACAACAGGAUAUAUUCAACCAUUUGGAGAAGAAGCUCAAAAACAAGGAGUAUGCGGAGGGAUCAUGGGAAGACGUCGUUGAACUUGCCAUAUCGACUUUAAGCACUGUCCUCAGUGUAGACUUCAAGAAGAAUGAGAUAGAGGUGGGCAUCGUUGGUGGGCCUCGAGCUGAUGGCAAGGAAGGGACGCAGACAGAGUUCCGCUCUCUUACAGAGGACGAGAUCGAUGAACGACUACAAGCAAUUAGUGAGAAGGAUUGA